GGUGUUCAGAAUAAUCCCCCAGUAUCGGUCUCUGUUUUUGUUUCUAAUGUUGUUCACCGCACACACGUCUUUUUUCGUCACCUACUGCAAUGUCAAAAUCCGAGCUAUCACGAUGCGUUUAGUUUACCGGUACUACAAUUAAUAAAUGCAGCUACCUAACAUUCUGACACUGCAUGACUGUCGCCUGCUUAUAUCGACUAUACGGCCAUGCGUUUGGUUGAUGACCCGCACACAGGAUUUUAUUGCAUUUUAUCAUUGAGCUAAUAUAGUAGUUAUACGAAUCUGGAGUUCAAGGAAGCAGUACAACAUACGGGCCUGAUGAGUGGGGCAACCUUCCCCUCUUCUGAGGAGGCCGAGAUGAAUCGUCUCCACUAUCAGCUGGAGUACACGGAGGGCAUAAGCCAGCGAAUGCGCAUCCCCGACACACUCAAAGUGGCCCCCGAAAACCAACACGGCCUUGUUUCCCAGCAGCCCCCGGCCCCUCAGAUGAUGCAGGUGCCAGAGAGGAUUGUUAUAGCAGGGGAUGAAGCAGGGGACCGGUACUCCCGGCCCAGAGACCUGGACCUGAUCCAGUCGACUCCUCCCGUGGACCUGCUGGACAUGAAGGCUCCGCCACGCGUCCUCACCCUCAACGAACAGCCCCUGGACUCUCUGGAGACAGACACGGCCCCCUCGCCACAGCCCCGUGGCAACCAGGCGGUCCACUCCCAGCCGCGGUCACGGAGGGAACGAACUGUGAGUGAUAACUUGCUCGUCCGCCAGAGUGGCCCGGCCGGCAGAAGCGACGUGAGUGUGACCCUGUCGCCUGUGGCCCCACCCCUUCGAGUCUGUCCUCCGCUCUGUCCUCCUGAGGAUGUGAUGGGUCUGCAGUACAGUGCCACCGGAGUCCUCUCCUACAUCCAGUGCACCACGCGCCGGGCCUACCAGCAGGUCCUCGAGGUCAUGGAGGUCGACAACCACCGCAGGGCUGCUCACUUGGCCAUCGACCUGGACAUGACCCCUGAUGAUUCAGGAUUAGUGGACGCCUCGUCACUACGGCGACAGAUUGUGAAGCUGAACCGUCGUCUUCAGCUACUUGAGGAGGAGAACAAGGAGCGCUCUAAGCGGGAGGUGAUCAUCUACUCUGCCACAGUGGCGUUCUGGCUCAUCAACACCUGGAUCUGGUUCCGACGUUAAAUCCACAUGGAACCUGGGAUCGGGGAACCCGUGCUGCUUCCUCCAGCGUCGCUACAAACUGUUCAUAUCAUUUCUAAGUCUAGAGUUGCCAUAUAAUUUGUCCUGAAUGUCCUAAUCCUACCUUAACCUUUCUAAAACCAGAAUUAUCUCAUUUUUAAAGAAUCUGAAUUUCUAUGUUUUGAAUAGGGGGGGGGGGGAUCAUGUGUCAAAAGGUGUUUUUAUUUUGUGCAUUCUGUUUGAAGCAAACAAUUUUAAAGUUUUAGCUUGAAAAAAAAAGCCCAAUUUCAUUGCACUUAUGAAAUGUUUUUGCAGCAGAAUUGACGGGCUGAAUGUAAAAUCUAUGACCAUCCUAUGACAUCAGGGUUAUGUUAUGCACUGUUAGUGUCAUGUUAUGCACUGUUAGUGUUA